CCUGCCGAAGAGCGCGCUUCAGCCGGGAGGGGAUACGCCUCCUUUCCCCGGACUCUUCACCGCCGGCGAUGUUCACCAGGGCGGUGAGCAGACUCAGCAGAAAGCGGCCUCCGUCAGAAAUAACUGACAAUGACAGCAAGCCAUGUAGUAGCCAUCAGACACUCAACGGGACCACAAGAUGGGCUCAGUCACUGGAAAGUUUGCUGGAAGAUCGAGAAGGUGUAAAGAAAUUUAUGGACUUUUUAAAGAGAGAAUUUAGUGAAGAAAAUGUUUUAUUCUGGCAAGCUUGCGAAGAGUUUAAGAAGAUACAAGAUGAAAAACAGAUGAAAGCAAAGGCAAAUGAAAUUUACAAACAUUUCUUGUCAAAUAAAGCUUCUUAUCAAGUCAAUGUAGAAGGACAAUCACGUUUGGAUGAAUCAAUACUGGAAAAACCUCACCCUCUGAUGUUUCAGAAACUUCAGGAUCAGAUUUUCAACCUCAUGAAAUACGACAGCUACAACCGCUUCUUGAAAUCAGAUGUGUUUCUUAAAUUGAAGGAAACUGAAGAACAAGAAGAAAAUUCACCUGAUCCUCAGACUGCAGCAAAAAGAGCUUCUAUAAUUUAUAAUACAUGAUUGUAUCCACAUAUUUGGAUACAAUCCAAAUAACAACAAUCCAUAGAUCAUGUUGAGACUACAAUCAAAGUAAAUCAGUACUCAGGAAUAAUCUUUGUGCUUAAUACAGAUGCAUUUAGAGGCUUGAAUAGUAUAGAAUCCUAUUAGAUAAAACUUACAUUUUGGUUGCUUCAGUGACUUGUUUCUUGCCAGUGCUUGCUUCUAGAUACAAUGAUUAAGGAUAUGACAGCCCUUGAAAGACUGAACAAUUUGUAAGUUCUUGCAAAUUGCCUCUCAUUUUUUAAAAAAAAUAUAUUUACUUGUAAAUCAUUUGGUAGUGGGGUAUGAUAAAUGUAGCAUUAAAAAGUAAAGCAAAUUUGAAAGUAGAGAUAAUAAAAGGCAAAGGUUUCCCUGUCCACUUGUUUCUGACUCUAGGGGGCAGUACUCAU